AUGGCGCCACCAACCCUCGACGACUUCCCAAUCGAACUACUCCUGAAGAUCAUAUCUAUGACCAACCACUUUCGCUCGCCCUUCGAUUUUUCCCCCAACCGCACUCUUCCUCGCCUCGCCCGAGUAUUCAACAAAAUCCACGCCGUCGCCGUCAAAAUUCUCUACUCCGACGUCUACAUCUCCGGUGGCGGGGAGACCCCCACUCUGUGGAAGAUUCGCGCGUUCUCACGCACUGUCUCCGAGAACAUUCACCUUGCCUCCCUCAUCCGAUUCAUCCACUUUACCUCAGCGCGCUACAUGAAAGGAGAAACGAAGACUUUAGCGAAGGCGAUCCAAUUAUGUCCGAAUUUGGAGGGCGUAGAAGUCUCCGGAUGGAACGGGUAUGAGCUGGACGAGUUGAAGGAUGUCAAUGCGAUGAAAAGUAGGAAGGGAAUGAAGAAGAUUGAGCUCUCCAGAAGAGGAACGACGGAUAUCGAAUGCGAUUAUUUCUGUUACUUGGAGGAGUUCAUAAACAUGCUUCAGGGCUGGCCUUCGCUGGAGCGUGUGGUUAUUCAAAACGAUACGAUUGGCUGGGCAGAGUUCGAUGAUACGGACGACGAGGAAGAGAGUGGAAGUAGUGCUAGUGAUGACCCACCAGCUGGAGAGGACGAACUGGGUGAAGAAACUCGUGCCGAACGGAAGGCGAUGCGCCAAGUGUUGCUCGCCACUGUGGCGCCAGUCCUUCACCAAGAGUACUUCGCCUCCGUCAAAGCCCUUCCCCGUCUCUCCGUCACGCCCAAUUCCUGCCUCGCACUUACCCAUUUCGACUUCCGCUGUGGCACCCUUCAAUCUCACCAGAUCGUCGCGCUCUCCCGCAUCGCUCCCAGCGUCGCCUACAUCCAUAUACGUGGCGGAUCUUGUGGUUUCGAUAACUCCGAAUCCCUCGCCACCGCUCUUCGGAACUGGAGCAGUUCGUUGCAGACGUUGAAAAUGGACUUUUAUUACAGCGAGAAGCACGACAAACACAAAACAAAGGAUUGGGUGUUGGAUAUCGGCGAUGCACUGUCCAAGAUGGAGGUCCUGGCGUACGUGAGGUUGAGCUCGUCAUAUAUUCAGCCGGAGGACUUCAAAAAGGGUUGGAAAGCGCUCGAAAGGCCGAAAAAGAGGCCGAGAGAAGGAGAAAGUCAUCGGACGGCGUUUCCAUCGACGGUGUGGAGGGACAUCCAGAAUCUCUGCAAGAAGAGGGGGAUCGAGCUGGAAGAGACGGAUGACUGCGAUACUGAGGAUGCGGAGAUGGGAGGGUCGAUCCACGGGCCGAGGUAUGAGAUGGAUGACCCGGAUAUGUAUGAGGACGAGAGUGAUGAGAUAGGUGGAGGUGGUGAUAGUCUGGAAGAUGAAGAGUCGGAAGAAGAAGACUAUGAUGGGGAAGAUGACUGCUGGGAAGAUACCGAGGACGAGGGCGAUAAUCCAAUUUCUGCCUACGGCAUGACCUCCACCGAUCUCCGCAAGCUCUUCAGAUACGGAAUAAUGAUUCCCGCACGGUGGAGUAUUAAUAUUGCGGAGGGGGAUCCAGAGAUGUAG